UUGCUGUUAGCCCUUUGCCUGGUUUCCUUCAGUUUAGCUAUUUGGGAUUAUUUCUUUAUUCUUCCCUCACGUUCCAGUCGCAUAUUCCCCUGUUGAGAGAUGUAAGUUUUGGCCACCUCCUGCUAAAGUUUGAAAAAAUAGAACUUGUACUAAAUGAGGGACUAACUAUGGACACCCAGAAGGACAUUCAACCCCCAAAGCAGCAGCCAAUGAUAUAUAUCUGUGGAGAAUGUCACACAGAAAAUGAAAUAAAAUCCAGGGAUCCAAUCAGAUGCAGAGAAUGUGGAUACAGAAUAAUGUACAAGAAAAGGACUAAAAGAUUGGUGGUUUUUGAUGCUCGGUGAAACAUGGAAUUCAGAGGAAUAUCUUUGUAUUUGGAUUUGCUGUUAAUGUCGUGUAGCUUUUGAUUGGUGUAUUUAUCUUUAUGAAUACAACUAUAUACACAUGAUUUCAUUUUAAAAACCAUAUUGUAUUUAGGUAUCUAUUAAUAGUUUAUAUAAAGAAACUUUUUUUUGUUCCAUUACAUGAUUUGUAAUUUAAGUUUAUUGUAUAUGUCAUCUGACAUAUGAUACAGUGUCAGCGAUACACAAUGAAGGUUAAAAGUGCUUCCCCAAACCACUUUUAAUCAAAACUUAGAAUCAUUGGGGCCCUUGUUAAAAAUAAAGUUUUGGGGAUCGCUAAAGGUCUAAUUAUGUAAGUUCCUUGGAAACCACUGUUUUAUAUCAUCAGCUGUUUGUAAAGUCUCCGGCAUCACUUUAUAGAGUAUAUACCAGUGCACUUACUGUCAGUGUACAGAUGUCAUUUUGAGUUAGAUUUUUCAUUUGUUACUGGAAGUAGGCCUUUCUGUAUUUGUAUAUAAUGCUUGACUAUUUGUUAAAUCUUGGGCAAAGGAAAAGAAAUUUUAAUGGUGGUUUUCUGCAAAGCAAAAACCAACAUCACAUAAAGUAGAUGAAGCAGACUAUUAAGGCAGGUGCAGUUCCCAGGUGUAAUCAAUCAUUAAAGUAAAAAAAAAAACAAAAACAAAACAUCUGCUUUCAGGAUAUAAAAAGAAUAGGGAUUGGUUUAUACUGAAUUACUGGAUAAAUGUUUAAAACUUUUAUCUUGAUCUUAGGGAUAUGGAUACUCAGAUACUCCAUUUGUUCCAGGAUUCCAUUAUUACGGAGCAUCAUGUUGUCCUCCCUAACAUUCAUUUUAAAGAUCAGAUAUAUUCCAACUUUAUUAAUAGCUAUGUGUGUCUCUGACAUUCAAAAUAUUAUAUACCAUUUUUUAAAAAACUGUAUUUUUACUACCAUCCUUGAAUACUAAGUUCUAUAAAUUUAUUAUGUGCUAUACAAAGUACUAUCGUGCUCAAAUUUUAAAGAGUGCUUCGUUGGUCCAUGUUUUCCUUUAGCCAUGGCUUUCAUAAUUUUGUAGUUCUGCUAUGUUUCUUCUUGAACUUGUCCUUAGACGAAAGAGUGCCAAUAAAUAAGGUAUCUCUUUAUGAUACCCAAACUCA